AUGUCGUUUAUGGGCGGCGCAGAAUGCUCUACGUCCGGCCACCCCCUCAGCCAAUUCCAGAAGCAUGUACAAGAUGACAAGACCCUUCAGAGAGAUAGAUUGGUGCAACGGGGCCCAAAUGCGCUUGCUGGUGGCUUCCGAAGCGCGGGCGCAAGUACUCCACAGGACGAGAUGAUGAACGGUUUCCUCAACAAAGCCCCAGGCCUUCAGCAAGAGCUUCCCAUGCAAAAUGGUGCUGUCCGGAUCGACCCGAAUCAGGGAGUCCACCUCCGUGCCAACUCGACAUCACCAACUUGGGCAAAUGACUUCCAGAACCAAGCUGCCAUGGAAUCGGCAUUCCAGCAACCUCCCGGAACCCAAUUCAGUCCCGAAGAUUUUGCGCGCUUUAGACAGAUGAAUCAACAGCCCUCAUCGGCAAGAGCAAGCCCCAUGCCUGGCCAAAUGGCUCAACAGCCGAGAAUGGGUAUGGGAAUGAACAUGGGAAUGGGGAUGGGUAUGGGUUACAACAGCAUGAUGGGCCAACCCACGUUUCAGCCCAUGUACCAGCAACCGAUGCAACAACAACACGAGGACGUCAAGGGCAAGGGAAAGCUAGUGGAGCUUGACGACAACCAGUGGGAAGAGCAAUUCGCCCAAAUGGAGUUGCAGGAGAGGGAGGAGCAGGAAGCCAAGGCUGCAGAGACUGAACUAGACGAGAUGGACAGAGCAAUGCAGAGUGAGACAGGUUUCGGCGAUUUCGAGUCAAUAUGGAGAGGAAUCCAGGCUGAAACUGCUGCAGCAAGAGGCAUGGUCGACGAUUCGACAUUCGACAAAUUCGACAGCGAGGACUGGGGUCCAGAUUUCACCGGUAUGAACGGCGACUGGGGCAGACUCGGCGAUCCCGUUAUCGAGAACUAUCUCUUUGAAGAGGACAACUUCUUCAGCGAGGAGAAGAACGCAUUCGAAGAGGGCGUCCGCAUCAUGCGUGAGGGAGGAAAUCUGUCACUAGCCGCUCUCGCGUUCGAGGCUGCAGUCCAGCAAAAUCCACAGCAUACCGAGGCUUGGGUGUACCUUGGUUCGGCACAAGCACAGAAUGAGAAGGAGACGGCGGCUAUUCGUGCGCUCGAACAAGCUCUCAAGCAAGAUCCUAACAACCUAGCUGCCCUCAUGGGCCUGGCUGUGUCUUAUACCAAUGAGGGCUACGACAGCACUGCCUAUCGCACACUCGAGCGGUGGCUUUCGGUCAAAUACCCGCAGAUUAUCGCACCGACUGACUUGCACCCCAUGGCUGAGAUGGGCUUCACUGACCGGCAGCAACUGCAUGACAAGGUCACUGGCUUGUUCAUUAAGGCGGCACAACUCAGCCCGGACGGCGAACACAUGGACCCGGAUGUCCAGGUUGGCCUGGGCGUCCUUUUCUACGGCGCCGAGGAGUACGACAAGGCCGUCGACUGCUUCACUGCCGCCCUUCAUUCCUCGGAACUCGGAGCCUCAAACCAGCAAGAACAGCUGCAUCUGCUCUGGAACCGCUUGGGUGCUACUCUCGCAAAUUCGGGCCGCUCCGAAGAGGCUAUCGCGGCGUACGAGAAGGCACUAAGCAUCCACCCCAACUUUGUCCGAGCACGUUACAACCUAGGUGUCAGCUGCAUCAACAUUGGAUGCCAUGCCGAGGCAGCUUCACAUUUCCUCGCUGCGCUCAACAUGCACAAGGCCAUUGAGAAGAGUGGCCGUAACAUGGCGUACGAGAUUUUGGGUGGUGGCGAGGGCUCCAGAGGCGGUGCCAACACGGCUCAACUUGACGAGCAGAUCGACCGCAUGACGGCGCAGAAUCGCAGUACAACCCUUUACGACACCCUGAGGAGAGUGUUCACACAGAUGGGGCGUAGGGACCUGGCCGAGAAGACUGUUGCGGGUGUAGAUCCCGAGAUCUUUAGGGGUGAAUUCGACUUCUAG